AUGUUUCCCAUCAUUCUAUCUUUGUCGUUCUACGUUCUUUUCACGAGGAUAUCCGAUGCUUACCUUCUCCCGCGAGACUCCACUUCGGUCUGCACGAACUUACGUGUCAAUUCAAACAAUGGCGAUCGAAAAAUCGCCCUAGUAAUCGACAGCUCUGGCUCUAUGGAAGAGUCAGAUCCUUACCAAUAUCGCCUCACCGCCGCACAAAUGGUCCUUGACUGGCUUAUUUCCAAGAGCGAGGUAACCAGCACCCAGAAGCAGGACAAGGUUGCUGUCAUCAACUUUGACGACGAAGCCUACCUGGACUACCCUCUUGGAGAUCCCGGUGUGGCUGCUAGCGCGCUGACACAAAUCGGAGAAGAUGGCGGCACCUACAUCGCUGGGGGUGUGGAAAUGGCCAUUACACAACUCACUGCGGCUGGUACUGGCACCACCGCCGGUCGAAGUGGCAUCCUAGUCUUUACUGACGGACAGGACUCAAGUACUUCAGAUCUGGUGGAUCAAAUUAACCGUGCUACCAGCCUCGGUAUUCGGGUGGCAUUUGGAUUUUUGGCCGACCCUUCCAGUAUUCAGGAUCCAGAAGUCCUUUCUGCGAUUAUGGACUCCGGGGGAAGAUAUUUCACGAUACAGAACUACAACGCUUCAAAGACCUUUAUCGACGGCAUCAUCCUCAACGGUCUUGCGAAGAAUGACAACCCUGACGGAGAUACUACCACAUUGUUGGCAGGUCUCGAUGCGGCGCACUUCAUCUCAGGCUCAGAGACACAAACCAUGACUUACAGCGCACGAUCCAAGGAGCAGCUUACCUUCAAUGUUCAAAGCGUGGAUGCCGGCACCGUGUCGGUUCAAAUUGUCUCCGGAAGCAAAACCCUUGCGAAGGGCCAAUCAAGUGAAUAUUCUUACUAUUCUAGUGGAUAUUCCGUCAUUGCCCCCAGUACCGACAUGAUCGACGUCAAGGUCACCGCGAACAAUGCUGAGAAGAAAUCUAUCUUUGUCGUUGGUGUCACCUCUAACUUGCCACCAGAGAACUGCACGAUUGGCGUUGGUCCCCAGGCAGACGACAACAACGUACCCCAAAUUGUUGAGGGUACUGUCGGCAGUGUGGUUGGACUUCUCAUCUUAGGGGGUAUCGCCUAUCUGAUCUACAAAUACUGCUGCAAUCGUCAUGGAAAACAGCAUCAGCAUUACCAUAACGACCAUUCUUCAGACUGGUCGCACGACCCGAAGCACUGCCCGGAACCCACAGUGCGAGAAACACCAGCUGCGAACCCGUCUGCCACACCUUGGUUCCACUUCCCCAAGCAUCCACCUCCUAUGAAGCAUCAUCCACAUAACCGGACGACUACGGAUAACCACGACCAUGACAUGGAUGAAGAUUCGGGCUCAGAAGCUCCCACCGACGACCAUGAUGACAUCCAAUCGCCAAUUUCUGAUCCUCCAUACCACCCGGACAAUAAAUCCCCUCUGUACCACAAUGCUAACCCGCCCUGCCAGCCACCCUAUCCCAACCAACCGCAAUAUCCCAAUCAGCCAUCUUUCCCCGGUCAGCCACCAAAUUCCAAUCAGCCAUCGUAUCCAAAUCAGCCGCUAAAUCCCAAUCAACCAACAAAUCCAAGCCAGCCACCAUCCAAUCCUCCGAAUCCCGACCAGCCCCCUGAUGAGCAUGACCUUCACCCUCACCCACCCAUGCCGCCUAGGACGUACGGGAACAACCACCAUCACCACAUCCCGCAAGAGCACCCCUGCUACACCAAGAGAUGCCCGAUCGCGUCUGCGUCGCACGUGUGCGAGGAUCCACGGUAUCCCUGCACAUGCGUGGAUCCAAAGUGCCGGCUAAACCAGCGGAGGCACCGGUGUCGCGACAAAGACAUGCCACAUACCUGCGUGGGGCCGGACUUCGACCCCCACUGCCCGCUGAACGACAGGGAUUACGCAAAGAUCAAGAAGGAAGAACGCGACCGCCUCGUGAGGAAGUAUGUGGCGCAGGAUUUGGCCAAAAAAGGUGUGGGCAUGGUUGCUUCGACGGCCACCCAGGCUGCAUUCAUGGGCCAGCUCUAG